CGAGGCAGCGAGCGCCGGGGCGACCCGGGCUGCGAAGGGGGGCCCGGGUCGCUGGCUGCUGCUGGGGACAUGGCCACUUAUCACCCAUCAGGACACAUGCAACUACCCCGGGCUGAUGCCAUUCGUUCCCGGCUCAUUGAUACUUUCUCUCUCAUCGAGCAUCUGCAAGGCUUGAGCCAAGCUGUGCCACGGCACACCAUCCGAGAGAUACUUGAUUCUUCCCGUCUGAAGAGUCUUAUGUUGGGAGAUCAACACCAGCUUGUGCGCUUCUCCAUAAAACCUCGUCAUGUAGAACGGAUUACACAUGCCCAGAGGCUAAUGAGCACCCUUCGAGUGCGAUGCAGCAAGAGGCCACCUCUUUCCUUAUGGGCUGGAUGGGUCCUUGAGCGUCCUAUCUUCAGAAACUUUAUCAUCUUCCUCAUCUUUUUGAAUACAAUUGUGCUGAUGGUUGAAAUAGAAUUGCUCGAAUCUGCAAAUACCCGAUUGGAGACACUGAAGCUGACUCUGGAGGUGGCAGCUUGGUUCAUCUUGCUUGUUUUCAUCUUGGAGAUCCUUCUUAUGUGGCUAUCCAGCUUUUUCCUCUUCUGGAAGAAUGCCUGGAACGUCUUUGACUUUGUGGUCACAGUAUUGUCCCUGAUGCCUGAGAUUGUGGUGCUGGCAGGGGUAACAAGCCAACCUGUAUGGCUCCAGUUGCUGAGGAUCUGCCGGGUGCUAAGGUCUCUUAAACUCUUUGCACGAUUCCAUCAAGUUCGAGUCAUCAUUUUGGCCCUGGUCAGGGCCCUCAAGAGCAUGACCUUCCUCCUGAUGUUGCUGCUCAUCUUCUUCUACAUUUUUGCCGUGGCUGGUGUCUACUUCUUCGAGAAUUACACCCGUUCACCUCGCCGGGACCUGGAGUAUCAUGAGUGCUUCUCGGACCUACUGAAUUCCAUAGUAACCGUGUUCAUUCUCUUCACCCUGGAUCACUGGUAUGCACUGCUUCAGGACACCUGGAAGGUGCCUGAGGUCAGUCGCGCCUUCAGCAGCAUCUAUGUCAUCCUCUGGUUGUUACUUGGUUCCAUUAUCUUUCGAAAUAUCAUAGUAGCCAUGAUGGUUACUAACUUCCAGAAUAUCAGGAAUGAGCUGAACGAGGAGAUGACACACCUGGAGGUCCAGUACAAAGCCGACAUAUUCAAGCGGCAGAUCAUCCAGAGGAGACAAAACCUAAUCCCUGAGGCACAGAGGUCAAGCAUUAGCAAACUGGAUGCCAGAGAUGCCAGUCAACGAGAGAGAGCUUCAGACUUAACAGAAGCUUCUAAACAAGAGUCUAAACAGAGUGCCACUAGAAAGGGUUCAGAAGCAUCUAAGUCAAUAACAAAGUCCUUGUCCAAAAGGGGAAAGUCUACAUCUUCCUUCUCUUCCUCCUCUUCAUCUUCCUCCUGCUCGUCUAUUUCUAGCUCCAGAUGUUAUGACCCUAUCGGUCAGCUGGACUGGGAGACUCACGUGCACCAGAAUCUGCCUGGGCUAAUGGACAUGGAUCAGGAUGAACGUGUUGUCUGGCCUAGAGAUUCACUCUUCCGGUAUUUUGAGUUGCUAGAAGAGCUUCAGUAUAACCUGGAGGAGCGUAAGCGGUUACAAGAGUUUGCAGUGCAGGCACUGAUGAACUUUGAAGACAAGUAAAGCUGACAGUGGAUGGCUUCACUAUUUUUGGCCAACAUAAAUGAAGGAAAUAGCUGGAAAUGUAGAAUUCAAAGUCUAAUAAAUCCUGUUGAUAACUGUGCAGUGAUCUGUCUCGGAGACAGAGGGGAUACUGAAACAAUAACAAGAUCAGGUGAAAGUUGGUUCAGAUGCUGCUGGGGGCCCCAGUUGUUGGCUUUCUACCCUUUCCACAGCUCCUGAGUCUCACUCUUCCCUUGGCAUUGUCACUAUAGCCCCCAUCUUUUCUGAAGCAUCUACUUCCUGCUAGAAUCCUAAUUUACCUCACUGGUGAGUACAGGUCCCUGGGGGUUGGGGGUGAGGAGACCCCAGAAGCUGUGAGUGUAACUAAUCGAAAACUCUUGUUGCCGUUGCUUUGGCCACCUGAUUCAAAGAGCCAACUCACUGGAAAAAGACUGUGAUGCUGGGAAAGACUGAAGGCAAAAGAAGGGGGUGACAGAGGAUGAAAUGGUUAGACAGCAUCACUGACUCCAGGGACAUGAAUUUGAGCAAACUGGGAGAUAGUGGGCAGGGAAGCCCAGUGCUGCAGUCCAUGGGGUCGAAAAGAGUUGGACGUGACUUAGCGACUCAACAGCAGCAACAGUCGUUCCCACUGCUACUCUAAGAACAUUGCUUCUCCUGUGCACCGUUAACUUUACUCAAAGUUUUAAUCAAAGUGUUUUCACCUGUUUCCAGGCCAAAACUGAGUCCCUUUUUUCCAUUGCUAUUUCUGAGGGCAUUGAGUCUACUCUGUAGGGGGCAGGGCAAAUCUGUAUGUCCCACAGAUUUUUAGUGUUAGAACAGACCUCAGAGUUAAUCUGUCUCCCGUCAAAGUAGCAAGACUUUACAGAACAUCACUGAAAGGGGGUUAUCCAAUGUUUGAUGUUUCUAGUUACUGGUAACAUUAUCUAGACAGGAUCCUGUUGGAUGACUCAAAUCUUUAGAAAUGUUUAUUAUUAAAAAUUCUAUCACUU